AUGAAGAUUCAGGGUCUGAGCCAGAAAGUUUUUACACUGAUGAAGAGUUUGAUUAUUGUGAUCGCCAGGAUCCGGCUGAAGACUGUGAAGAGUUUCCACUUCCGUCCACUUCUUCGGCUAGCACCUCCACUGCCUUUGUUCCCCACUUCACACCUCCAACACCUUCACUGCUCCCCUCCCCCACUUCCUCUUCAACAAGGGGCCAAACGACACGUAGAAGCGCAUCUACAGGCCGCAGCAGAUCUACAGGCCGCAGCAGAUCUGCAGGCCGCAGCAGAUCUGCAGGCCGCAGCAGAUCUGCUGGCCGCAGCAGAUCUGCAGGCCGCAGCAGAUCUGCAGGCCGCAGCAGAUCUGCAGGCCGCAGCAGAUCUGCAGGCCGCAGCAGAUCUGCUGGCCGCAGCAGAUCUACAGGCCGCAGCAGAUCUGCAGGCCGCAGCAGAUCUGCAGGCCGCAGCAGAUCUGCAGGCCGCAGCAGAUCUGCAGACCGCAGCAGAUCUCCACCACGGCCCGGGCCUGCACUUGAUCAAGCCAGGAGCUGACAGCCCAGCUGUGUGGUGUGUCGGCGACUGUGCCUCCUGUGAAAGCCCCAGCAGAACACUUGCCAGUCCCAAUAUCACAGCAGGAAGACCCAAGCAGGCGGGCCUCAUAUGGGAGAAGAAGCUGUAUUCACUGUAG